GGCGACUAUGACGCGCUAACGAGCGCGCUGCAGCGGCGGUUCGGCCAAUAUUUCCGACCGGAGCUCUUACGUUCGGAACUGAGUGGACGAAAGAGACGGGGAGGGGAAUCGCUACGGACAUUGGCGAACGACAUUGAGAGUCUGACAAGGAGAGCUUAUGCUCACAUGCCGCCCGAGGUGCUAACGGAACUAGCAAGGGAUCAGUUUGUGUGGGCUUUGUCCCCUCCCGAACUACGCGCGCACACGCAACUCGCGCACCCACGCACUCUUCAGGAGGCUCUGGAAUAUGCAUUGGAGAAAGAAAUGGUGAUGGCUUCUGUGAAGACGCACACAGAGGAGGGGAUACCAAGGACCAGGUCUGUGACUGAAAAUGAGUUGGCRACAGAGAGGCCUGUGUGGGUGGAAGAAGUCACUGAGCUCGUAAGCGGCCUGAAAUUACCUCCAGAACAGCAUCAGCGGAUGCCACCACGACUGCGAUCACGUCUCUGCURGGGCUGUGGGAGCCCUGGGUAUUUGUUGAAGAACUGCCCCAACCAAACCAGAUCACUGGGAAACGGACCGGGGGCGCAGUAGGCGGGAAACUGCGCACCCCCACAUCGGUGUCCCGCACGCCACGUAUGAUGACCACCACAUCAGAUUCAGACAACUGGAUAUCGAAGUCUGGGAUUGUUGUGGUGGGACGAACAGCAAUUUCGGACUUCUGCCAUAUUCCUAUAUGCAUUGAGGGGGUUCCAUGUACAGCUUUGGUGGACACAGGGUCAACAGUGACAGUGGUUCGACCGGAGGUGGUACCACCGGKAGUCCAGAUAGAGGUAACAGCCCUUCAGCUUUGCACGGUGACUGGGGAGUUAGCACCAUUGCAAGGGAGGGGUAACCUGUUACUCAAAGUUGGGGGUCAGGAGGUCACRCAUCCUGUCUGGGUGGCUGAUGUUCAGGAUAAAUGUAUCCUCGGGUUGGAUUUUCUGAGGGCACAUGACUGUCAG